GGCUCACACUCCAACAUCCUGCCAGAAACCCUAGCAGAGAAAAGGAGGAGAGAGCUUAAAUUAUUAGUAUUAGACUGAACAAAAAGUCAUAUUGGUUUGUAUGUUGUUGAAUAUAUAUGUUAGAAACACACUGGAAUCAUCAGUUUAACAUUGUGGCCUUUGAAAAUAGGAAGCGGUGUCAUCUGAAUUCAGAAAAUUCACGUGGCCUUUGACAAUGCCCCUGCUUCCAUUGGCGGCGAGUAUGCAUGCGAUGCACUGAGAAGAAGCGUCGCAAUCCUGGGUGAUAACUGUGCCUUGUCCUCACAGAAGCGUAUGAUAUUCGAGGGAUAUUCACGGUGGCCGGAUUGUGGUGUCGAACAUGCAAGGAGAUAAAGGUCUUGGAAAUCAGAAAUCGCUGCUCUGUCUUCUCUGUCAUGGGUCUCAAAAAGAUCGUACAGGCCUCUGAGAUUUGUUGCAUUGCCAUGUUCUGUUUUGAUUUGAGAGUAAACUCAGGGGCUAAUUUGCUUCUUACUUUUGGUUUGAGGUUUUAGUUCUGAAUGGUUGUGAAUUUUGUUUUGCAUGUGAGAAUUAUGUUUGAGGAGCCUGAAUCUGGGGUUAGAGUUGUCAAGCUCACACAUAUUGAUGUGCCUGAAGAAGAGAGGGAGGUACGAGAAUUUCAAAGCGAUUGAGAACACUUCCAAAGGAAUAACAGUUUGGCCAUGGAUGCUUGAAGUUGAGGGCGACACGGGUUUUUUGGGAGAGAUAGCUGCUGUGUUUAAUGUCCAUUUGAGUUUGUUAUUGUGCUCAUUUAGGUUGAACCCUAUAAUAAUAUUUAGAAUGCUGAUGAAUCUGUUGUCAUUUAAAUUGGCAUUAGUUUUGACUUUUACAGCUUAUUUUGUUCCAGUUCUUUCUUUUCUUUUAGGUACCAAACAUGCCCCUAAAGAAAUAAUAUAAACUUUGAUCACGAGAUAGUUUCAGGAUGAGGUGAAGAAAGGGGUUAGCAAAAUUACCCAACUUCAUGUCAUAAGAAACUGACAAUGGUCCAAGCUGGUGGGUCAAGCUAUCUAUUAUCUAUCUAUUUAUAAAUAAUAUAGUAAUUCUCAAGCGCGCAAUUAAGCGCUGACAACUCAUAUUUUUUUACUCACCUAUAUUUGCCACAUCUGAUAAUUAGCUGACGUGUCAUCAAUUUCCUUAUUUCUUUCCCACACUCUGAUUUCCAACCCUUUGAACCCAUCUAUCACAGUUACUACUAGAUCCUGAGUCCUGACCCCUCACACUCAUUCUUUCGGUUUCUCAUUCUUUGAACCCAUUCAUUAGAGAAUAAAGGGCUUUUCUAACGCUCCCCCGUUCAUAAUUGUAUUCUACGGUUUUGGCUUCCUUGCUGUUAGAAAAGAACAAAAGAGGGAUGAUAUAUAAUUGUUCGACCUCCGCCAACUAUGUUGUUGCUGUUCCGUCCGUUCCACUCUUACGCUCUGCUCCUCAACUCGCAUGCUAAAGGAUUUCGAGUCCUUUGCCAUCAAUCGCCAUUUGAGGUCAGUUUUCUCCAUCCUCCUUUCAACUAUUAUGUUCUACUUCUUCCAAUUACAGAGAUCUGCUCAUUGCACAGCUAAACCGCAUGUUUCCGAGGCUCGCUCAUGGCUAGAGUACAAAAGAGAAAUUGGGACAAGGUGCACCGUGCAUGUUCCACGCUGAUGCUAUCUUUUACAAGGUAUGAGUGUGUUUUUUCAUUUUCUUUUCAUGCUAAUGAAUACAUCCAUCCAUUUGGUUAAGAAUAAAACUACCUCAGUCCCAUCCAAAAUAUAUAUUAAGUGAAGGUUUGACAUGUUUCUUAUAUUUACCUGUUAGAAAUGUGUUCUAUGCUUCUUUUUAUAGUAUCAAUUUAACCUGAAGCUUCACAGUGAUUUGCGAAAAUUGGUCGUGCAGAAUUCAGUUAUCAGGUUUUCCUUUCAUGUAUUUCUUCCUGCAAUAUUUUGGAAUGAUUAUCUCCUCAAAUUACAAUAAUUUGAACUUUCUUUCUGCUGUAGAAAAAUGUUCACUGCAAGACUAUUUUGAAUUUCGAAUUCAGUGUUUCCUUUUGUCUGGAAGUUAACUUAUACCAAAAUGACUAGAUAUUUUUUCUACCUAUACUUUGAAGUGGAUGAAAAAGUGCAUAGCUCGCUAUAUCAAAUUAAGCCACAAUCUUUCUAAUAAGAAUGUUACCCAAAUUAUUCAGUUUUUCCAUUCUUAGAUUUGCAAAGAUGAUGCAAUCACAGUCAGCAAUCUACUGUGAAAGGCAUACCAAUGGUACAAUGUACAUGUAUGAUGAAUUGAUGAUCAGGUACAGGUCUGAUGAAAUUCUGUCGCCUACUCUGGGCUUUGGUCUAUUUCAUUAUAGAUUCAUGAAGAAAUGAACUUGUGUGGAAGAGAGCCUGAUUGCAUAUGUGUUCCAUAGUUAAUUGUUUAUUUCAACUUUUUAGAUAAUUUUAUUCAAUGUAUAUAUUUCUGGUACUUUUUCACAGCUUCUGUUAACCAACCUCUCCAAUGACAUCUUGUGUACAUGAUAAAAGCAAGUUUAGGAGAUUCAUCAAACUGCUCAAAUUUCACAGUAGGACAUGUAUACACUAUUUGUUCUAAGAUUUCGACUUGUAUGUGUAUUGUUAAUAUCUUGACUAUUUUUAAGAUGAAUCUUUUUUAAAUAUUAGAUACUGAUUCUUGGGGUAUUCUCAUCUCCAAUGAAACUUUAUUUUAUUGUAAUGUUACAAGCCAUUUAAGUGACAGGAGAUUAAAAGGAAUCAAAUCUGAAACCAUUCUAAAACUUUUUAAAAAUAAUACUGUAGAAGUGUAUAACAUUUUCUCUAUUCUGCACAACCACUUUGAAUGCUGGUGCAGAGUAAGAGAAAGGAAAUAUACCUCCUGACCAUGAAUGUGGAAAAGUAGAUUACAACCACUGCAAGUUAAUGACUAGAAAAUGUUUUCUUUUUAGAUUAUUGUUGAUAUGUUUAGAUGGAAAUAUGAGAAAAAUUGGGGUCUACUUGGUUGAUUAGUAACUAUGAUGCCCGAUAAUAGCCUAUUUCAAAAGUUUAGAAAGAUAGGUUAAUAUAACACUUUUGAUUCUAGCAAAAUCACGAUGAAUUAUUCCGCCUCGCAUCGCGCGGGUUUGAGUCUAGUAAUAUAGUAAUGCUGAAGCGCGCAAUGUGGCGCUGCCACAUCAACGUUUAUUCCUCUAACAAAAGAGCCCACAUCAGCAAUUUUAAUGACGUGUCAUAAUGUAAUUUCUGAAGGAUGGAACAGAGCUAGAGAUCCACACACACAGAAUAGAAGAUCGACAGACACAAAAUAGAACUACAGAUCAACCCCGUAAAAACCUUAUUUUCAUCUUCCCCAAUCCUCUUGGUCGAGAACCUCACGGUUCGUCAGCCUGCAACUACGACGAUGGCGACACAACCACUUCUUCCUCCCGUGAUACAGGCUUCAUGAACCAACCAUGGCUGCCCCCUUUUCCUGACAACGGGCGAGGAAGCGACGCAGACUCUUCUCCCUUCUCCCGCGACUAUGUCAACGGUGACAAGUUAAUUCCGACACUAUCCUUCUUCUUUCGCUUCCCCUCCCGUGAGUUAGUGUUCGGGAACUAUGUAUAUUUCGCUGUGCAGUUUCAUCUCCGCUGAGCCCAGCACCCUGUCCCCUUCAAUUUUCGAUGGCCAAUUGCUCCAGGAGCAAUAUCAGAGUCCAACUUCGAUGGAUAUCAUGGAAACGACAAAGGUUGCAGAAACAACAUUUUUACAAGAUGGGAGAAAGGCAGAACAAUGCAUUCCCCCUUUGCUUUUAGCUGCGCAGAUGCCAAGUUGUAAUCAAUCAUAUCUCUUCCAAGGUAAAAUGGUUCUACUGGAUAAAUUACUUUCCAAACUAAAAGAACGGGAUUCCAGGGCACUUAAAUUUACACAGGUGGUUUGGGCAUGUAUGGAAUUGAGCAUCAUGUAUUCGAUAGAGUUGUUGGCCAAAUUGGAAGUAAGGGACCAAAUGCCCUGCAGACCUACACACUUCCGAGACUGGACAAGUCCAGAUUAUUUAAUGUUUCAUGGAUACCAACAUUCCCGCAUAGAAGACAAUAUUGAUGGAGAACAUCGUCAUGCUUCCAUUGCUGUUUUUGUUGCCAUUAAUCUUGCUACUGCUGACAUUGACAUUCUUUAUCACAGUGACUGGUUGACCUAUAAGCUCAAGAUCAGGCUCAUAGGAUUCGCCAGAAGAAAGAAGUUGAAGUUUACAUAUUCUGCUCAGAGUUCUAUGUUAGAGUGACGUGUUACAUGCUCAAAACCACAAGUUCUAGCUCAGGCUUGGCUAUUCAAUAUUUGCUCACAACAAAUAUCAUCGGAUGAAGAAGAACCUUUGGUGUUUAAAAAGAAAAAAAAAAGCUAGCAUUGGAAAAGUCGAGACAGCGUGCAUCAUUUGAUCAAUAAGAAAUCAACGGCACAAAUGACAUUACUUCAGCAGAUGAAGAACAAAUUUUGAUUCAAACCCUGAGGACAAACACAUCUAAGAGAACCAAAGUUAGCAAUACAAACACCACAAGGAAGCCAAAAAGAAGACAAAAAAAAUAGAGAGUAAUUCCAUGUGUAGCUUAUAUUUCAUUUCCUACAAUUUACGUCAUGUAUUUGACUAUUUUAUUUCAAAAUCAAAAGCUUAUUUUAAUUA